CAACUUCUCCGUUCAAAAUUCUCCCGCUCUCUUUCUAAUCAGUUCAGUUUCAUCCAUGGCGAACCAAUUUCUCCUUUACACCAUCUUAUUAGUGUUGUUCAUCUCUCUCUUUCCCCCUUUAACUCAUCAACUCUCAUUAUCAGAAGAUGUAGCAGUUCCUAGUUUUGCAUUUAGUUGGGUGGACAACAAUGAUACAUUUGUGGCUGGGGCUGUGGCAACCAUAAUGGUCAAAGUUAUUGGAAAUUUUGAUCCUGCCAAAUUCAAGCACCCUUUCAGUCCCAACAUCAGUGUUAAUGAUAAGACGGGAAACAGCUCUUACAUUUCUGGGGUUUCGUCUAAUUUUGGCUGGAAUUUUGGGGAUUGGAGGAUUUCUUUCGUUCCUAUUAUGACCGGGUUGUUCAAUGUGCUGAUUACUGAUGAUCACUUCAAUGUCUUUGAUUCUUCCCUUCAUUUUCAAGUCACCCCAGGUAACAUCCAUCCAUCUGCAAGCGGGGUGUCAUGGGGAAAUGGAGUGAGUGAGUUUGUAGCAGGGACGAAAGCAUCAGUUAUGGUUCUUCCUAAAGAUGCAUUUGGGAAUAAUAUCUCUUCAGCAAGUGAAGGACUGAACUCUUACAACUUCACAUUAUCUAUAUCUACUUUCAAUGGUCCCGUAGCAACUAUGCUCAAUUUCACCAAUAAAGGAUGGGCUAUAACUGGUUAUCUCGAAAUAGAGUUUGUUGUAGCUACAGCUGGAAGUCUUUUACUUCAUGUACAAGGAGAAAACCAAACAUUGAGGGGCUGUCCUCUAAUGUUCAUAGUGUACCCAGGAGCUCUGGAUGUUUCCAAAUGUUUUUUGCGGUGGGAAGUUAAAACAAAGUACUUCCAAAUAUUUUCUCCUAUGGAAGGUUUUAUUCACCAGCAUGAUCAAUAUGGAAAUCUUGUUCCAGGGGUGUAUGAAUUUGAUGUUGAAGUUAUUGAAAAUGGAAUGAAUUUGAUUAUUCCUGUGACAGAUCUGCAAUUCAGGCAGGUUGGCUUGGGUAUUCAGUUGUUUUCCUUCAGCCUAACAGAACCAGGGGACUUCAAGCUUAUGAUAUAUCAUAAAGAGAUGAAUAAUUCCAUCUCAGCUAUGCCGUUUCAUUUUACAGUGUAUAUAGGUUAUUGUGAUGGAAUGAGUAGUAUUGUUAAUGGAUCGGGUCUAAAUGACUCUGUAGCUGGUGAAGCUGCAAAGUUCUCUGUCUUCUUGAAGGAUGCUUAUCUAUAUCCUUCGCUUGUUGAGUUAGAAAGCAUACAAGUACAAAUCGUGAAUGAAUUUGAUUCCUAUCAUGCACAACCAAGCAUACAUCCAAUGAAGAUGGUCAAUGGAACUCUAUGCAGUAUGAAUUUGAAUCGCGGAUCACAUAAUGAUGUGGGACUUGCUUUUACUCCUGUGGCUGAUGCAAACCUUGAUCCAAGAAACAUGAAGUUUAGUGGCUUUGAUGUUAAUUAUAUACCAGAGAGGAGUGGGAUCUAUGAAAUUCGCAUAUUCUGUGGAAAUAUUCCAUUAAAUGGUGGUCAUCCGUUCAGAAAGGCAGUAAGUGCAGGCAAAGUUAAUAUAUCUCUUUCUGGACCUGUGAAAUUCAGUCCAAAAGUAGCAAAGCUGACACAGAAUGAAAUCAUAGUACGACUCAUGGAUUCAUAUUCUAAUCCAGUCGUCUUACAGCAGUCAAAGUUGAAGUUGGAGAUUGGAUCAGUUAACAGAUCAGGUUUUUCGACAUGGACUUUUAUUGACAAUAAGGAUGGCACAUAUAAUGGCAGUUACAUGGCUAAGGAUGUUGGCACCUACGAAUUAUGUGCCUCGUUUGAUGGAAUGCGUUUCAUGCCAUGCCCCUUUGGUGUGAAUGUAUACACUAGUGAGUAUUUUCCUAGAGUACAGAAUGAUUCAGUCUGGGUCUGGGAGGAUGACUCAAUUGCUUUUGAUGCUCUGGAAAAUGACUAUUUUGCUGGCCAUAACAUUACAAUUUUUGAAUUUUCAAAGCCAGGUCAUGGUUCAACUCUUCAGUAUGGGCGUCUCUUUAGAUAUACACCCUUCAAAGGAUUCUAUGGGAGGGAUUCUUUCUCUUAUACAAUAUGUGAUAUGAAUGGGAACACUGCAUCAGGUGGUGUGGAUAUAUCUGUUCUAAGCAUCCCUCCUCAGUUCGUUUCUGUUCCAAGUCAAUUACUGGGAACUGAAGAUGUAAUUAGUCCACAGUUCGGUGGUUUCCCUGGACUUGAGAUUAUCUAUUCAGAUUCAACUGAGAAUAUCAGCAUUACUUUUAGUGCAAAGUCUGGGACCGUCUUUCUGUCUCCUAUGUUAAUGCAAUUUUGGCAGCCAACCUGGAGUAUUGCUACUAUAUCCAACAAGGUUGGGGAGACUACUGAAUUAACUUUAACAGGCUCUCUAGGAGAAAUCAAUUUUGCCAUUCCAUCGGUACAGUACUUUGGAAAUGAAGACUUUUAUGGAACUGAUACAAUUCAAGUCUCUACCAUGAACAAAAAUGGGAAGAACAAGUUAGAUAUUCCGAUAUUGGUAGAACCUAUCAACGAUCCUCCAUUCAUUAAUCUCCCUCCUUAUGUUAUUUUGGAUCAAGGGAGUGGAGAAGUUCUUAUUUUUACCGGAGAGAGGGAUAAGUCUGCUGUUUUUGUUGGAGAUCCAGAUCUACUGCAUUAUCCUGGGAAUAAGUCUCGUUUCUUGGUUAUGUUCUCCAUGGAAGUCAGUUCCGGAUUCCUUUCAACAAAGCUUCCUGCUGAUCUAGUUAGCACGACUGAAUUAAAAUUGAAAACCAGCUACCAGUGGCAGCCUCUUCAGACAUUUGUAACCAUCUCAGAACAUUUUAUGGUCAAAGCCAAAGGCAUUAGAUUUCGGGGUACACUAGAAGACUGCAACAGUGUGUUGGAGCAAUUGCUAUAUCAGGGUGAUAAACAUCAUGCUAUUCUUACUGUGACAGUGAAUGAUAUGGGGAACUAUGGGUGCUACCCAGACUGCACCGAAAUGAUGUCAAUGCCUCAUUUUGUUGAGGCUUCUGUCAGUCUCAUGAGAGAAAGACCUCUGAGUUCAUUAUUUGCACAUGCUUUUGGAUCAGCAAUUAUUAUUGAAUUCAUUCUGGUUCUCGCUCUUGGUGUGAUACUUCUAUUCUUCACAUGCAAAUGUGCGUUUGUUCUCUUUAAUGAAAAGAAGAGGCAGGCACCUCAGGAUUUUGAGUUCUCCAAGGUUCAGAGUUCCCAAGAAGGAACUUUAACCGGGGAUUUAUCUGAUAAGAUGACUCGAUUAAGAGGAUGCUGUUCAAAUUCCUUCUUGUCUGAUCUCCAGCUCUCCAAAUUUCAUCCGCGGUCAUGCCUACAGCUUGGAAUUGGAGGGUCUCCUAAAUCUACCGAUAUUUCUUCCAAGUCUUCAAGCGAUCAGCUUGAAAUGACUUCUCCUUCUGGGAUAAAUCCUGCAGCUUCUGCAAAAGAUAAACAACUUUCAGCCCAACUGGAAGAAACUGAAGUUUAUUGAGAUGAUCAAGCUCUUCUUUGAAAGACUACUUUGACUUCUACAGACUAUAUUAUUAUAUCGAUAGCAGUAGAUACUUCCUAUAAUUAAUCAGCCUUGUUAAUACUAAUAUUUUGCAGGAAAUGAAGCUAGUUACUUGUAUAGUGACAGAUUGAACAGGAAAUGAAAUUAAAGGAGCAUAUUUU